UACAUCCAAAAAAUAUUCACUUUUUGACAGUAGUGAGAAAACAAGAAUCGUGAUGGCGACGAGGGUAGACUAAAUUUCCAGGGCUGUGUAGCCACCGAAAAUUAAUAAAUAACCUGGUGAAGUCGAUUGCACCAGCUCGAUCAGGGCUAAUUCACCCUCUUGGGUAGAACAUCUCGGCUGAAUUUAUUGUUGAUCGAGACAGAGUGAAUCAUCGAGCCCUUUUGUUUAACACAAUGGGUGAUGGUAAAGAGGCCGAGCGCCAACCACUCCUCAAGAAUGAUAGUGUCACGUACAGCUCCCACAGCAGCGAUGUCAUCGGUGGAGACGGUACACAAUCUAAUGUCAACACAGUAUCGCCAAUUGGUCCUGAUGAGGUGCCCCCACCCUAUCAGUCAGCUAAUCAGAGUGGCAUGCCCAUGGUCACCUGCAGAGUCUGCCAGGCUAUGAUUGAUAUUUCCGGUAAAAGGGAUCAGCAUGUCGUCAAGUGCAGUCAGUGCAAUGAAGCUACGCCAAUAAGGAAUGCUCCACCGGGAAAGAAAUACGUGCGAUGCCCCUGCAACUGUCUCUUGAUCUGCAAGAGUUCAUCACAGAGAAUUGCCUGUCCCAGGCCCAAUUGCAAACGCAUAAUUAAUCUUGCGCCUAGUCCUGUCACACCACCAGUCCUGUCAAUGCCAGGAAUGUGCAGGGUCUGCUGUGCCCACUGUCACGACACUUUCCUGUUCAAUACUCUCAACAAUGCGUUGGCUCGAUGUCCCCAUUGUCGCAAAGUGUCUUCCGUAGGGCCAGAUUUUGCUAAAGGACGGGGCAUCAUGUUCAUUACUAUCGGAAUCAUUGCACUCGUGAUUGGAAUCGCUGUGACUGCUGGCACAUACUCCCUAGUAGGCACCAACGGUGGCAUUUACGUGGCAUAUGUCGGUGCAUUCUUAGUGGCUCUGUUGUGCCUCGGGAGGAGCAUCUACUACUGUACACUGAAAAUUAGUCUAAUAGAGGGUCCAUUGUAGGAGUAAACCAUCCACAACGAAGCAAUUGCAAUGACGUUGAGCAUGAAAGAGAACGCGACACAUACAAUUUAAUGAAAGAACAAGGGAAAAUAUUGAUUUUAUCAUUGAUGUCGUAUAACCAAUUUUAGAAUUAUUCUUUCAUGAAUUUAUUAUUAAUCGCUGUUGCAAGGAGGAGGCAAAAAUGCAUGAGAAAUAUUAAAUGCAUAGGUUUAUGUCUCGAUAAAGGGCAAUGCGAUUUCGUGAUAAAUGCGAUAUACAUGGAAAUAACAGAUUUACUCAUUCGAUUUUUCUGUUUCUUUCCUACGAUUGGCAACUAAUUGAGUGGAGGAAGAGCAUGAAGAUGUUUCGGUGAUUAUGACUGGUCCACGGGGACUGUAUAUGGAGUAAUGAGUCGAGGGUGCAACUUCCAUGAGAAUGUGAAAGCUCUUUUUUUCUUGAGAACCAAAAGAAAAUCCCUAUUUUUUACAUUUACUAUUUGUUUUCCUCGCGAAUUGUUAAUAUUAAUUGAUGCUGUCUUUGCAUGGAUGGCAGGGUGAAUUGUAUUUAGUGGGACUCGGGGAGUGUCUGUGGGGCCCACGUGAAUCUGCUGAAAUUGUUUAUUUUUUAUCAUCCGCUCCGUUAUUAAUGUCAUUAACGAGUACAGAUGUAAUUAACAUGUCACUUUACCGAAUGGUUAAUAUUAUGGAUUAAUAAAAAUACGUGAUUUUAUGAGAGGA